AUGCCCCCCCAAACCCUACACAGCUCGGCUUACCCCUCCCAUCCCUCCACUCGCGCCUCCAUCCUUCCACUCGCGCCGCCGCUCGUCCCCGCGUCCGAGCCGAGCCUGCCGUUUAGGAAGGUCGCGCUCGCAUCGCACGUUUGGAGAAGAAACUGGCCGGCACUCAGGAGGGUCGGCCCGGCGACGAUGGCGGAAGACCGCAACUGGAUGUACACGGGCCGCCCGAGCAAGAAAACGUUCACCCCCGAGUGGGUGGAGAAGACGACCGAGUUCGUGGAGCGCGCCUUCCGCGGCGUCCCGCCGGAGCGCGAGGAGGACUUCGGCAUGCUGUGCCCCUGCGCGCGCUGCCGCAACCGCAACAGGCUGCCGAGGACCAAGUACGAGAUGCAGCUGGAUCUGGGCAGGAACGGCUUCAUGCCAGGGUACACGGUGUGGGUGCACCACGGCGAGGGCAAGCAAAUGGUCCCACGACCACUCCAGCGGUGGCAAGCAAGUGCCGAAACCCAGCCUGCUAAACCAUCCGACGACCACGCCGGUGGUGGCAUGAAAGUGCCGAAACCGCAGGAGACUAAGAAGAAGUGGGAGAUAUCAGCGCUUGAGGCGUAUGCAAGAGCCAGGCUACGGAAGGAGGAUCAAAUGGAGUGGAGCUACCAGAAAUACCUGUGGGAGCAAGAGAAAGCCAAGCGGCAACAGCAACAGAGUGCACCAAAGGCAAAGAGGCUGCUCACGUUUGCUGAAGAGGAAGGGAACAAUGUCAGCGUCAUCGAACCUGAACUUGAAGAUACAGCAAUGACAAAAGCUGACGGUCCUGUAGCUAAUCCGGAACCGACAGCCAACGCGUGUGGAGUUCAAAUCCCAGCUGGAGCAACGGCUCGUCCAAAGCGCAAGACAGGCCCGCCUGGGUGGCAUUCAGGCUCAGACUGGGUUCAUUGACCCAUGUAAAGGCUACCUUUUCUAUAAAAAAAGUAACGGCUACCUACUUUAAAUAGCCCCCUUUAGCUACUGAUGUACUUGACAGAUAAGAAAUGGACGGCUAAAGCCGAUGUAAGCACUAGCUGCGUGGGUGGAUUAAUCAUCUAGUUAGUCUUCUUCUA